ACCCAACCCCUCGUGCCCUCCUCUCUCUCUCGAACCCUAGCGCUCCACUCCUCCCUGGCCGCCGCCACCUCCGGCGCCCUCUGUCCGGCGAGAUCCCCUCCAACCCACGUCUCCACGACUCCUCCUCCUCUCUGGAUCGAUCACCCCAACCCACGACUCCUCCUCCUCUCUGGAUCGAUCACCCCCAACCCACGACUCCUCCUCCUCUCUGGAUCGAUCCGCAACUGCUUCCAACCCAGCCACCGCCGUAGACCUUCCCCAAUCCCGGCCUCCUACACGCCGAGCCAAGACGUACCCCUUCCUUCUCGAUGGCUAACCCCUCCAUGGCGGCCGGCGGCGGGGUGCCGUUGGCAGAGAGGGUCCACGGCGUCGGGGCCCAGAUCCACAACCGCUUCUGCAUCAGGGCACCUUCUUCCGCGUCGACGCCUACGGGAACGUGCUAUACCUCCACGCUGACGCCGCCUCGCCCCUCGCCUGGGACGUCCACCACUGGUUCCCCUGUGCUAGGGGAGGGAGGACAGUCCCGAGCAACCUGCAGAUCAUGCAGCUGCAGGCGUCCAGCAAGAAGCACAACAAGCUCGAGUUCCUCGUCCCCUGGUGGGAUCUGCAGCUCGGCAUCUCCAUCAACCAGUUCCUCUCCAUCUUCGCUUGCAAGAAUCCCGACUUUAGGAACAGAGCGUUCGCGUUCCUGUUCGCCGACGGGGCCAACGAGGAGCUCAGCUCGCUGCAGGCCGUCGUGUUCACCGGCUAGUCCGUCCCCUGUACCUCCAGGCAGGGCAGGUUCAGGGCUAGUGUUACUCACCGAUCUACGUAUUUCAGUGUGUCUUCCAUGAUCUUGCCUCUGUUUUCCAAUGGUACGGCUUCAGGCUCAUCCCCAGUAUUUCAUUGUGCUGUUUCUUGAGUGCUCACUAGUUGCUAGUGUUCGACUGCUAACAGUGGGUUAAGAUUAGUAUUUUAUAAUUGUUUUCUUGAGGAUGAGUUACAGGGACUGUUCAGGCAAUGACUCCAAAUUAUAUGUGUUUUCUUGAGGUUCGGGUGGUGGACGGAGAUCUGCACGAGGUGCUUGGACAGCAGAUCAGCCCGGAGCUCUGGGGCCGCCUUGCCCUGUCCUGCAGCUACAGCAGCAAGGUGUGGCUGGUCGGCGACCGGCUGACAUCGCGGGAGCAGGAGAAGGCGGAGCUGGGUUGCAAUAGAAUCCCAACAGGACCGACGCUGAAGGGCUUGGACAUGUGCUUCUUGACAUUCCAUUGCUUGGCAACACCUUCCAAGGAUAGCCAUCCCACCACACCAGCAUGCCCCGGCUUCGAGGGAAUCGGCCACUUCACCACCGCAACGGGCAGGCUUUCCCUGCCCGCCUUUGGGCUGGCAUCCUACAAGCUCCGCAGCUCCCUAUGGGCAUCCAACGGUGCCCCAGAACAGGAGAGUGUCAUGUCGCUGAUGCAGGAGGCGGACAACUGGCUCCGCUACGUACAGGUUGCUCUCAUGAGGAAAAGUUGCGGCUACAGGAUGCCCUCCUCCUCUCCUCCACCCCCUGACAUGGAAUGCGUAUCCUUCAGGACAACUCAAGCCCCUCCUCCUCUCCUGUACAUGAAUGUGAGAUGAUGCGCAUGCAAGAUCUGAGCCAAAUGGCAUAUUGUAAUCUUUUAUUGCUGGUUUUUAUGGACGAUGUCAUGAAGAUGUACGUUUGAAAUGUUGCUUUGAUAGCAAAAUUGUAUUCCUGUGUACAUGCUGCUUUGACAGCAAAAUUAUGAAAAUUUCUCAACAAUAUAUAUGGGCAAAAUUGUAUUCC